UCAUCAUUUGUGGUUUUCUGUAGAGUCUUGGCCGUUUUAUGUUGACUUUAAUAACGUAUCGGAACUAAGGAAAAGUUUAUGUUUGUUAUAUACUUUAUAUUUGGUAUCUGUAAUAUGUCUCCAAGUAUUUGAAAGCUCGAAAUAUGAAGUUGAGCACGUUAGAGAGUGCCUCGUCUUCUUCAGUACGAGGCUUUGGUUUCACAAAGACAAGUAGUUUGUCGUCCCUUGAAAAGAAAAGGAUUCCAUCUCUCAAACAUUUAGACUUGGAUAAUAACGAGCCAAUAAAGAGUGUGACUGUGGAGCCUAAAAGUGCCCCUUACACUCCUUGUUACCAUCAAACGGUAGCAGAAAUCGAAGGAGACUCCGACAAGGGUCAGGACAUGGGUCAGUUGAUUCAUUUUUUAGAAGAAGGAAGAGAAUUACAAGCGGUGACGACCCGUCUGAAGAACAUAGUAACUGGUACUCCAAAGCAAAAAGUGUUGGCCUCAUCGUCUUUUCGGCCUUUGGACCUUUCACAUCUGUUGAAUAUGGACGAGAAGCUAAAAGAGGAGUCCUGCACCCCUAUGAGACAGGUGAACUACUAUACGAACAACUGCACAAAGAUACGUCCCUAUUUGUUUACAGGUGGAGAAAAGGCAGCUAAGGACAAGGAUUUCUUGACGCGAAAUAAGAUUCACUAUAUCGUAGAGUUAUCACAUAGGAAACCCAAGUCGUCAUAUUAUGAUAGCUCUUUCGAAUAUCAUCAUUUUUUACUACGAGACCAAGAAAGUCAAGAACUCAUGGCAGUGUCUUAUCAAGUUGAAGCUAUCGUAGACGAAGCCAUCAAAAGGAACGUUGCUGUGCUUGUUCACUGUCAACUUGGAAUAUCUCGUUCCAUAGCCGUCGUGGUAGCUUGUCUUAUGAUGAGAGAAGGAAGAAGUUUUGACUCUGUUUAUGAUGAAGUUUGUAGAUUACGUCCAAUAUCUGCUCCUAAUAAUGAUUUUAUGGAUGAUCUUGCCCUUUUACAGAAGAGACUAGGUCAAGGCAACCGAGAGUUGCGCAUUUACAAGUUUUCAGUUGAAGAUAAUAUUAUCCAUGCCGAAUAUAUUCCAUAUUAUACUUCAUUUGCUAACAAGUUAUCAGAUCUUUCCUUGACACUUUCAGAAGAUGGAGUUUAUCUAUUACAAUUUCCAAUGUCAGAAGGUGUGUAUUUAUGGAUAGGGCAAGUUGCAAAGUCUAUCCUACUAAAAACUGCGAUGACAUUUGCCAAACGUUUGGUAAAAUAUGAAAUAUGUGGGCCACUUCAUUCGCACUUGUCUUGUGGAGAAAGUGAAGAAGAAGAUGUAGAAAUUCUCCAAGAAUAUCAAGGCAAAGAAAGCGAAUCAUUCUUGCAGCAGUGGAAGAGAGCAUGCUCCUCAAACUUGGUUUUUGAGGGAUAGAAGCUAGCUCUAAAAUAUAUUUUUGGCUUGGACUGCGAAAGUUUAGAAUGGAACUAUUCUAUGUGAACGAGUUAGGAAGGGACAUUUUAAAAAAGAACGUGAAAAAUCAGCACAUUUUCAUUUAAGUGUUUACGUCAAUAAUGCGGUCUCAUCCUCCCAAUAGCUAUUCUAAGUACUAUGUGUACAAAACCAUGUCGUCCAGUGGUUUCUUACUUUGAAACUGCUUUUCCAUAUUUCUAGAGAUGAGCUUUUAUAAUAAUUUAUUUCUUUAUAGAGAGAGAGAGCAAUGAAGUUGCUUGGCAACCUUUUUUUACAAAAUUUCAAAAGCGUAAAAACUGCAAAUGUUUAGUGAUUUUGUUCAUUAAGCAGUUGCAAGUUUGAAUUCAAAGUAUUCUGGAUUCCCGAAUGAAUGAAGGUGUUCUCCAAAACUGAGCUUAGAAACGAGGAUGCCAUUGAAAUAUUGAGGUUCAUUCCUCGCUCAUUUCUCAUUUUCCAGAGGACUGAGAUGGAUUCAGACGACGUUUCCUAUAGUGGAAAACGUGAAUGGCACACACUUCUUUCUCUACUAACAAAGAACAAUAAAAAAAAGUUACUAGAUUUGAGUAAGGAAACUCUUAGUUUGUUGCAAAAGAGUCCAAAAAAAAAGUGGUGGGGAGUUCCGGGAAUCGAACCCGGGA